AUGGAAUCCCUCAAACCCCCCACCGCAACCGGGUGGAAAUCCUGGAGCGCCAAAAAGAAAGCCCUCCUCCUCACCUCGGUCCUCAUAUUCAUCAUCGCGCUAGGCGUCGGUCUAGGUGUUGGUCUCGGUCUCGGUCUACACAACGACGACGACGACGACAGCGACAACAACGAGAAUGAAGGUGGUGACGACAACACCGAUAAUAAUACAAACAUCUGGCAACCAGCCGUCGGCACCUCAUGGCAGAUCGUGCUACGGUACGCGCUAAACGAUACCUCCGUCGACGCAGACGUAUACGACAUCGACCUCUACGAUAACAAGAAAAGUGUGCUUGACGAACUCCACUCCGACGGUCGGAAGGUUAUCUGCUAUUUCAGCGCAGGCACAUACGAAGACUGGCGCGAGGACGCGGCCCAGUUCCCCAGGGACACGCUGGGCGAUGACCUCCCCGACUGGGACGGCGAGAGGUGGGUUGAUAUCCGCUCGAGCCGGGUGCGCGAUAUCAUGAGUGCGCGUCUGGAUCUUGCGGCUGAGAAGGGGUGUGAUGGGGUUGAUCCUGAUAAUGUGGAUGGGUAUGAUAAUGAGAAUGGACUGGGGCUGGGGGAGGAGGAUUCGGUGGAUUAUAUGAAUUGGUUAGCGGGGGAGGCGCAUGGGCGGAAUUUGUCGAUUGGGUUGAAGAAUGCGGGGGAUAUUAUACCGCGGGUUAUUGGGCGCAUGCAGUGGAGUGUUAAUGAGCAGUGUGCGCAGUAUGAGGAGUGUGAGGUGUAUGCGCCGUUUGUGAAGAGGGGGAAGCCGGUUUUUCAUAUUGAGUAUCCCAAGGGGGACGAGACGAAUGAUGAGGUGAUGGUCCGCGGGGCGAAGAAGGACCAGGCGUGUGAUUUUGAUGAUUCGGGGGAUUUUUCGACUGUUAUCAAGAAUAUGGAUUUGGAUAAUUGGAUUCAGACUUGUUAG